AUGCAGCAGCCGAGGAACUCGAACUUCGCCAAAGUCAGCACAGCGUUGCUGUACGCGGCAGCAUCGACGUUGAUCACGAUAGUUAAUAAGUCCGUGUUGACCGGUUACGGGUUCCCAUCAUACCGGUUUCUGGCCGCGUCCCAGAUGCUCGUCACGGCCACCUUGCUGUACGCGGCCAAGCUGCUGGGCCGGGUGACGUUCCCGGAUAUCGACGGGCGCACGUUCGUCGACGUGUUUCCGAUGCCACUGAUCCAUUUGGGCAACGCGGUACUGGGCCUGGCCGGCACCAAGGAGCUGAGCUUGCCCACGUUUACUGUGCUAAGGCGUCUGGCCAUACCGAUGACCAUGUCGGGCGAAUACUACUUUCUGGGUGUCGUGGCCGAUCCGAUCGUCAAACUGUCCGUGGCCAUGAUGGUGACCGGCGCUGCCAUAGUUGCGGUCGGUGACGACACCGAGUUGAACAUAAACAGUUACGCAUUUGUGUUGUUCAACGAUCUGCUGACGGCCGCCAACGGCGUGUUCACCAAGAGAAAACUGAACGACAAUAGGCAAAUGGGCAAGUUCGGGCUUAUGUACUAUUCGUCCCUGUUCAUGAUUCCACCCCUUCUGAUAUACUUGUAUUUUUCAAAUGAUCUAGACAACGUGUACAGAUUCAAGUAUUGGUCGCAUCCGCCGUUUUUAAUUCAAAUGUUCGUUUCAUCUAUAAUGGGCUUCGUGUUAAAUUACAGCACAAUGUUGUGCAUUCAGUACAAUUCAGCCCUAACGACGACAAUAAUCGGAUGUCUUAAAAAUAUAUUUGUCACUUAUGCAGGCAUGUUUGUUGGUGGUGAUUAUGUGUACACGUUCUAUAAUUUUAUUGGUAUUCAUAUCAGUAUUAUUGGAAGUCUAUUUUACACCUAUGUGACAAUGUCACGUACUCACGUUUAG